UUCCUAGCAAAGUAGCAAUAGAAAGAUAACCCUAACGGCAUAGGCUUGGAAAUUUCACUAAAGAAAACCCUUGCGCAUCUUCCUCUUCGUAUUCCGCCGCAUUACCACCUUUUACUUUCUCUCUCCUCUGAUCAGCGCUUCCUCUCUGCGAAAAUGGUUUUGCAAAACGAUAUUGACCUGUUAAACCCACCGGCCGAGCUUGAGAAGAAGAAGCACAAGCUCAAGCGUCUUGUUCAGUCCCCCAACUCCUUUUUUAUGGAUGUUAAAUGCCAGGGAUGCUUCAAUAUAACCACUGUCUUUAGCCAUUCCCAGACUGUUGUGGUGUGCGGAAACUGCCAAACAGUGUUGUGCCAGCCUACAGGAGGGCGUGCCAGACUCACUGAGGGUUGCUCCUUCAGGAGAAAGGGAGACUAGAUAAAGAUUGCAACUAAUUUUGCUGCCAGAGAGUAUGAGCUUUUAGUUUUGAGUCAGUGAAAUGAAGGACCCUUUUGUCACUCGGGAAUUUCUAUUACGUAUUUUUAUGUUAUCAAGUGCUUGAGUGUGCCUAAGAACUUGAUAUGAACAGUAGCAGUAGUCUCGUUCUCUGAUUCGAUUUUGUUUUAAUGUUUGUGGGUUUUUCGAGUGACAUUUUGGUGCUAGUGACUAGCAAAAUUUUGCCACUGUUGUUACUUUCUUGUUGUUAUGCAUCUAGUGUUAAGCUGA